AUGACUACCAUCAAGCCCUUGGAAGGCAGCAAACCGAACCAACCCGUCUACAUCAAGGAGGUCGUGCAGAUCUAUGGGCCUGUGCCGAUCAAGCCGAAGGGCACCUUCAACGCCGCUGACGCUCAGCACGCGUUGAAGAAGCUCGUCGACGCGAAGAAGUCCGUCAAGUCGAAGAUGAUCGCUGAAGCCGACAGUAUUCAGCUGAAGAAGAAGGGUGCGUUCGGCAAGUCGUCCAAGUUGAAGGCACUGCCGUAUUCCAGCGUGAAGAGCUUCUACCAGUUCACCGACAGUCCUGGCUGCAUGGUUGUGGGCAUAGAAGGCAAGGACAUUCCAAAGCAGUAUGUGGUGUUUGGAAUGCCCAGCGUGGACAAGGUGAGCAGGCUCGCCGAGGUACUCCAAACAGGUCUUUGGGCGCCGAAGAAUAACUUGAAGAAUAAGGUUCCAGCUUUGCAAGUUCCGGAGGAGGAGGACAAGAAGGAGCCCGUCAAGGACACCUCGAGUUCCAGUUCAAGCAGUUCGUCCAGCAGUCGUUCACGAAGCUCCUCUCCACAACCUCAAAGGUCGGCUCAUUCACCAGUGAGAACAAUGACUGAAGACACAUCAGAGCCACUCACGUCCAGCGAGGAGAAUAUUGCGGCUGCUGCCGUGGCUACCACAACCCACUCUACCCGCGAUUCGCCCAUACCUCCAACUCCGAUUCUCAGGACGCCUGUGCGAAGAUCGUCGACGUCGUCGUCGUCGUCAUCGUCAUCGUCGAGGUCGUCUUCAUCGCACGCACCGAAGCAGCCAGUGGCAUUCGCACCCUCCGUCAGUCGAAGCAUGUCGAGCACGCCGAAUGCACCGUCGAUCUCAAGGACGCCGACGAUCCAAACACCGGUGAGUAGGUCUUCGCGCAGUCCCUCGCCAAAGCCUGCACCGAAACCAGUUCCACCACCGGCACAGACUAAACCAGCUCCGCCACCAGCGAAGGCACCGUCGACUGAGCCGCCAAAGCAGACUCCUCAGAAGGACACCACGCACUACGUUCAGUACCAACCGCAGAAUGAGGUUCAACCACAGGCAAAUUCAUCGUCCAAGAAACCCGCCUGCAGCCAGCCUGUCUUCUCUAACUCGGAGAGUGACUCGGAGAGCGAGGAGAUCCACCGAAUCCGGUCGAACAAAAGAAGGACCCUGGUGCCCUCUGGCGGUGUCUUCCUCAUUGCCGACCGCAAGAGCCAUCGUCUCCGCAACAACUCGAUUCCCUUGGACUCGUCCCCAGCUGAGAUGCAUCGCUCCUCCUCGAUCUACCUCUUCCAGGCUCACGGCAGCAGUAGCAGCAGCAGUGACAGCGACAGUUCCAGUGAUGACGAAUACGAGGUGAGGAAGAUCCGAACUCGACCGAAUUACACUUUCACUCGCUCCGCCAACUCCAGCUCGAGUUCUUCGUCCAGCGACGACGAAGACGAGAGGAAGUCCAAGCGACCUGUGGUCUACCGCAUCCCCAUAAAGCACUAG